CUCCCGCACUUGUCAAAGGGCACUGAUCGCAAAUUACAUCACAGUUGUGCCCUCAGACGCACUUCGCAAAUGUAAUCGGGACCGUCUUUAUUAAGAAAAAACACUUUUUUUAAAACCUCACUUUUCCAUUUUUGAUAGUCUUAUCAUUAGAAGCCAAUAUGCUUCCUUACAAGCGAACUUUCCAGGUGGAGAAACAGCAGCUGCAGGAGCUCAACAGCAGACUCGGCCAGUAUUUGUCCCGGACGAAGCAGCUCGAGCAGGAAAACGCCUGUCUAAUUACUGAAAUCAAUAAACUGAGACAGGUGCAGAAGAAGCCCGAAUGGGAGCAGAAGUGCAGAGCUGAGAUGCAGGGUCUGCGGAGGAUGGUGGGGCAGCUGUCGUUUGAGAAGUCCCAGGCGGAGAUGGAGAGGGAGCGGCUGUGGAGAGAGCUGCGGGGAGUGCGCUCUCUGUGCAGCGAGCAGACCGAGGUCUGCACGGGCAUCAGCGGAGAGCUGCAGGGCUGCGAGACCCAGCUGCAGCAAGCUCACAAAGUCAACACCCAGCUCCAGCAGCGACUCGUGCAGCUAGAAAACGAGUAUGUGUUUCUAGAAGACGCGCACAGGGAAAAGGUGGGCCAUCUCCGUCAGCAGGUGGAGUCCCGGGUGGUGCCCAUCAUCACGCAGGCUUAUCCCGGGGUCGUCUCCGUGGAAGAGGUGCAGGAGUACGCCCGAGGGCUGUCCCAGGGCUGGAUGGAGACGUUUGAGAUGUACCAGGAGAAGGUGGAAGAGAUGGAGCAGGCGAUUAAAGCGGACCAGGCGAGACUGAGUGACCUGCAGACGGAGAAGAGGCUGUAUGCGUCAGAAGUGGGCAAAUUACGCACAGAAGCGGAAAAACAAGCCCAAGUUCAAAUGCAUCUCGAAGAACAACUGAUGCAUAUGCAGGAAAGAUUCCGCGUGGACCUAAGUGACAAUCAGAUGAUUAUUGAGCAGCUGGAGCAUGAGAGGAACAUGAUGGCUGAUGCUAUGGCAGAGAAGAUGAGAGAGCACCAGCACCUUCUCCAGAUAAGGAUGGAUCUGGGUAUGGAGGUGGCUGCGUACAGGGCUCUCCUGGAAGGUGAAAGAAUUGAUCUGCAAGAUGCUCAUAGGAGGGUGAAUAAAGCUCAAAGGGAAAGAAUAAUAGAUAUCAAGAUGCCUGCCCAACCCUACACACCCAGAGUCUCCACCUUAAACUCCACGCAACGUAUGGAUUUCAAGUACAUGCCCACAACAAACUUGAGUAGAUCCCCUUUGCCUCACUCUGGGUCUCUAAGUCCCUCCAGGGUCAUUCCCAUUUCAGUUGCCGGGAGGUCUCGACAUGAAAGUCCUGCAUCCAGAAGGGAUAUGAUCUCAUUCAACAAAGCUCGGGCUGCCUCCUCUAUCACUACUGUCAACACCACUGAAAAUAAACAAGCAGUCCAGAAAGAAAGCCAAAUGCGUCAAAAUAUGCAGGAAACCAUAGCCGAGGAAAAAACAGUGAAACUCAGACACAUCUCUCAAGAAAGCCAAAUCACAACUAGUCCUGAGAGCAAAUCGAUAAGAGUGGUGUCACCCUCGGUGACGAGCCUCGGCGCAGGAACAGGGACGGAGAGAAAAAAGCAAGUGUUGGAUGUUAAGGAGGCAAGCAGUGCUCCGGAUAAGAUCAAAGUAGAGGAUAAAGCUGAGUCCGCAACGGGCCCAGGUGAGAAAAAGAUAUUAGAUUCUGUAUCUGUGGAAGAGAUCAUAGAGAAAGUGAUAAAACCAGCAGGUUUGGACGCUAAGGUCUGUUCAUCUGGAGACUCAAAGGUCAGAUAUCACGUGGAGAAAACUGAACAAGAGGAUGGCACCACAAAAACGCAGAUUGUGCUCGAGUCCAAAGUGGAGGAAGAGCUGGAUAUUUCUGAGGACUCUGCCCUUGAAGAAAUCCUCAAGCAAGGUGUGACAAAGGUUUCCCUCGAGGACAUAGACAAUACCCCAACGGGAAGCAUGAUCAAGAAUCUAAUAAGCAGCCUUCAAGGAGGAGAUAAGCUACUAAAUAAGUCUGUCAAUGUGGAAAUCAUCGAGGAACCCGUGGAGUCUCACAGCGAUGAAGAGCUUGAGGUUGAACAGAAGAGCAGAUCUAGUCUUUACGAGCCCUCGGCACACUUCCAAAUUGAAGAGCUAGAAAAUGCCCCUUAUGACACCCGAGAAGAAAGAAGAGAUGAUGGUGCCGUGAACUUCUCCUUAAGAGGUGCAGACCAGUCCAGUCGCGGUUCUGUGCAAGUUCUGGAGGUCUCACGAGAGAGAGGAUCGCCAAAUUGUUCCGAUGACCAAGAUUCACAUGAGUAUUUUGUGUCCACACCAGAUGACAACUUGUCUGAACCGGACGAGGUUGACGGAAUAACGUCAUAUGGCCAUUAUGGAAUUGUAGAUGACCUGUCGGACGAGAGGUAUUAUCAAGAUGGAGGCCUCCCCCAGAAAAGAGUUAUUGUAGAGGAAAGUGAUGAGUAUGUGGCAGGUGAUCACUCACUUGGCAAGGAGAGCUUUCCGGAGUGCAUCAUUGAAGAAGAGGUCCGUGUCUCCCCUAUAGUGCAAGAGUCGGUGCUCGGGUACCUGAGAGAGGAUUCGUUGGAGCCCAAACAGCAGCUAAAGGGAGCUCUGGAGAAGCUACAAGGCUCAAUAUCGGGCCCACUGAAGGAGGAGCUGGCUUUCCUCACAAAAGUGAGUAGUGAAAGUUCACAGAAUGUGGCGAUCAAAAAAGUGGAACAGUCAAGUGAUAAUGGAACCACAACUAUAGUCGCAGAACUAAAUGUCUGUCAAAGCCUGGAAGAUUCUGGGCUUCUGGAAGCAGGAGAUGAUCUCUCCGAAGAGCAAAUCAUGGCAGCGCUCAGGUCUUCCAAUCUGGAGUUGGAGAAAGUCUUCAUGGGAGGGGCAGGAGUGCACAGCAUCAGGGUUUUAGAGGAAGAUGAGGCUGCGCAUGACGAGGGCUUUGAAGACAUCGGUAAGGAUGGAAAAUCUGCCUCUGAAAUCAUUGAGAAACACAUCAAGCUAGGGGCUGCAGCGAAGUCCUUCACCUGGCAGAUGGGGGCAGGCUCAGAGCAAGAGCUGCAGUCUCACAGUUCUGAGACUCAAGGAACAGUUUCCUCUGAGAAGAGAGUUGCAACAGUUUACCUUGAAAAUCCGUUGGAAGACUGAAAAAAGAAUGACUCACAAAUUCAGUGGUUGCCAAAGUUCAUAUAGAGGUUUUCUUAAGGCAGCAGCCCACAGAACACAGUAAUACCUGGCAGAAUAUCUCUACAACUUUGGUGUAAUCCUUUACAAAGCUAGUAUAAUAGGCUUAAAGUAACUACACUAAUCAUUAUGUAUAAAUUGUGGCCACAGUACGAUGAAAACAUAGUAACAUGAGCUAGAUCAAAUUAGGAUUAAAACAUAGACAAACUGCAGCAAUUUAUGAUAAUGAUGCGUGUUGUGUUACUCUGGUUAAACGUUUUAUAACUUGCAGUUCACCUUUAGAGUUGUUCUCUUUUAUAUUCUUAUUUUUGUACUAACCUGUACCUUCGAGCUUAAACAGCCCAUUCUACAGCCAUCGCUUCAUGACUGCAUACUGUGGCUUUUUGAUCAACAUUUAAAGCAAAAUAAGAUGGGGUAAAUGGGCUUAUGAAGGGCUGUGCAGCUUUUUUGGUUUUCACAUCUUGAGAAUCUUUACUAAAUCACUGACGUACACAAUCUAGUUAAGCUUGCAGCAAAGAACUUCUUAGUGGGAGUGGAAAAAAAAUGGCAAUGGUGGCACUUACAGUGAGUAUAAAAUGAGUUACAUUUUUAAUAUCACUUACCGUUACAUAACAUUAAUGGUAUGUUAUACAUUUUGAAGAGUUAGGGAAACAGAAAUUCUCAUUACUGAACAAACAUAUUAAUCGGUAUGUGCCGCUGCUCUAUAUUUUUGAUUGACCAAGACAGAACUCUGUGGUCCGGUGGUUGUGGAUUUGUAAAUUGAGAAUUUGGACAGUUUUUACAAUAAAAAUCCCCAAAUAAAGGUUGACUUGAAGAGCACUGUAAGGAUCCACCGUUGGUGGGAAUAUCUAUGUGUCUGGUUUUGAUGUGUGUUGCGCGUGACACCUUUUGGCUGAUCACAUUUAUUGGCGAUUGCCUUGUUGGCUCAAAGGAUACGACACUGACCGAAGAGUGUGUUUGUGACUGUGACUAUUUUUGGAUAAUCAGCUUAGUGAGUGAUCUCUAGGGUUUGUCGUGCGUGCUCGUUGCAGAGACAGAAAUGGAGCACUACUUUUACAAGCUGGUUACACGUCUUUGACUUCUUUUUUUUUUUUUUAACUAGGUUGUAUAAUUCACACUUUACUGAGCAGUGUCUUUGCUUUUUUUGUGACUAUGAUGUAAAAUGUAAAAAUGCAAAAUUCAGCAUGAAUUCAAUGUAUUGGAAGUUUACAUGAAUCAUGAUUUAUUUCAUGUAAGUGCCCAGACACACUAGCUUUCCACACGUGUCACCUGUUAACACAGCACUGUGCUUAAAUGAUCUCUCCUGGACUGGUUAUCAUACGGAGUCAUCUGGACACCGUAUGCCAUUUUACAGCAUAUGGGAAAAAAAUAUAUACAAUGUUUUGAUGGAUAAAGAAUGGCUUAUUCAAUAUUCAAUUAAUAGGAACUGGACAAAAUAAUAUUGUUUCUGCUGUAAUGAUUUCUUUUUAACAAAGGACAUUGCUUUGGUUGACAUUAAUUCCAGCCCUUAAUUGAAAAGUGAUAGCGUAACAUAAAGUAUAUCAUGGGAAUGUUUUGCUUGAAUGUUUUUCAAAGUUAACACAUGUUAACACAUGCCACCUCACACAAUGAGUGAGAGCAGCUGAUUUUGAAAAGGAGUGACCUGUACGAUGAUGAUAUAAUAAAUAUAAUACACAGAGUCAUCUCUCAGA